UUUUUUUUUUGUAGAGUUAUUACACCAUUCAUUUUUAUCUUAUUUCCUCUGCCAACUUUAUUUUAUUUUAAAUUUCAUAUAACACAACAUGUCGAACGAUUCUAUGCGAGCUGUCAAGGAUUGUGCUAGCGGUACGAUCGGAGGUUUCCUUCAAGUCUUUGUAGGACAGCCUUUCGAUACCGUUAAAGUGCGCCUGCAAACAAUGCCGGCUCCUAUGCCUGGCCAGGCACCACUCUAUUCGGGGACUUUGGACUGUGUGAAGAAGACGUUAUCAAAGGAAGGGAUCAGGGGCUUUUACAAGGGAACAACGACACCUUUGGUCGGAGUAGGUGCCUGUGUUUCGAUCCAGUUUGUGACUCUGGAGGCGAUGAAGCGUUAUUACCAUGAUUUGAAUGGACCUCACGCCAAUGGGUUCCUCAGCAAUUCACAGCUCUAUUUAGCAGGAGCUGCUAGUGGUAUCACCAAUUCUGUGGUCUCUGGUCCUGUGGAACAUAUCCGUACCCGUCUUCAGGUCCAGACUGGAUCUGCUGGUGCUUCUGUCAAGGCUAUUACAGGCGCUACAUCUGAGAAGGCUGCUGCUGCUGCUGCUGCUGCUGCUAUCUCUGCCGGAAACUCGUCCGCAGCUAAUCAAGUUAUCAAGACUGCAGCAGCAGAAUCAGCAGCGGUUGUUCCGAACGCAACUAAGAAUGCACUUUAUUUCACAGGACCUGUGGAUGCUGUACAAAAGAUCUAUGCUCAGUAUGGUCUCCGUGGGCUUUAUAAGGGUCAGGCUGUGACGAUGGUGAGGGAGUUCCAGGGUUAUGGUGCUUACUUUGCAGCAUAUGAAUAUUUGGUUCAGCGUGCCAUGCGUCUUGAGAACAAGGCACGUAAUGAGUUGAGCACUAUUAAAGUGGUUGCAUACGGUGCUUGUGCUGGAUAUGCCAUGUGGACGACUGUGUACCCUAUUGAUGUGAUCAAGUCCAAGUUACAGACGGAUGGAUUCACCUCAACCACUCGUCAAUACUCUUCAGCAUUUGAUUGCGCCCGUCAGACGAUGGCAAAGGAAGGCAUUGCAGGCUUCUUUAAGGGGUUCGCGCCUUGCAUUCUUCGCGCUGCUCCAGCCAAUGCUGUCACCUUCCUUGGAUUUGAAAUGGCUAUGCGUGUCUUGCGGUAA